AUGGCAGAAGAUUCUAAGGAUUUACCCGGAAAUACAGAAGAAGAUUUGAAGAUUUUUGAGACACUUUGUAUUUCAACACCUGACAAGUAUGAUCAAGAGGAUAUGACGCAUGACGUCACCACAAGUUUAAGAAGUGAAUUAGCAGCUCUGGAAUAUAAACGAGACCGACUUUCAUCAGAACUUCAAGAUAUGAAGACUACAUUGAGAUCACGGGACCAGAGGGUAACUGAAUUACAGAUGGAGGCCGAUCAAUUACGUGAACAAGCUGCGAGACAAAAUUCUAUAAUCUCUAGUUUGAAAAAACGAAUUCAAGACUUAGAAGACAGGGAAAGAAAUCUUUAUGCAACUCAUGGACGAAGUGAGAUAACGAUCCAGAGUUUACAGCGUGAUGUCAAGUAUCAUGAAGAAAAAAAUCGAGAGUAUGAAAAGAAAAUUCGGCAAUUAGAACAUCAUCUUACUGAAGAAACGGAUUUGAAAGAACGCGCGCGCUUGAAUUUACAGGAUUUUGUUAGAAGACUAGCCCAUGCACUGAAUAGUGAAUUUUGCGAUAGUACACAUCACAGCCCAGAAAUGGUAAUCCACAAAGCUGAGGAACUUGUUCAAGAAGUAAAUCGACUUCGCACUAAAAGUAUUAAUUUUGAGAGUCAAUUAACUAGUGUAGAAAAUGAAUCUAAAAGUUGCAGAGAUUUGUUAGAACGUUCUAAUAUUGAAAGAGAUCAAUUACAACGACAAGUUAGCACGCAAUCAGCUGAACUAGAACGACUUCGUCAGGAUAAAGAGUGCCUUGAAAUGCAGUACAGGGCCACUGAGAGAGAAUUAAAUGAACUCAGGGACAAAUUAGUAAAUGCUAAUAGAAAUCUCACUAGUAUUACGGGAAAUGUUUCAAGUCAAGAGACACUCAUUUGUCAGUUGCGAGAUGACUUAAAAAAUCGAGAAGAAAAACUUUCACGUGUUCAAAAUGAAAUGCGUCAUCUUCUUGAAUCAUUAGCAAUACUUGUAAGUACGCCAAAUAGAUUUGUUGAAUCUCAUGAGAACUCGAUAAAAGAUAGAAUACGUGAAAUAAUUGCUGAAAAUAAAGAUCAUGUACUAAAAAUUAAUAACUUAAAAGAAAAAUUAAAUGGUCUCUCUGACUCAGCAAACCGUCAAAGUGAAUUAUUAGAGUCAAGUAUGAUGAAAAUAAGAAAUCUUGAAGACGAUCGUGCGAAUUUAGAAGCAAAAGUUCAUAAAUUAGAGUCUGAUUUAACAAGUUGUGAGUUAACUAAAGAAUCAUUAAGACGGGAUAAACAUAGUUUUACAAUAUUUUUGGAACGUUUGGGCAAAGCCAUGCAAAUGGAUGACAUUUCCCAAGAAAUCGGUUUGGAUCUUCAAACAGAAGCUCUUUUAGUUCGAGCUGAACAAUUAGCUCGUCUUGAGACAGAUAAACUCGUCGAUAAGACGUCAGUUGUUUAUCAACUUCAAAGAAGAGUUAGAACUUUACGCGAACAAUUACAAAGGCGGGAUUUACACUUGGAUUUGUUGCGUAGAAAACUUUCAUUACAAGAAGAUGGCGUGAGAAUAAAAUCUAUGUUACAAGCGGAAAGAGAUGACGCUAAUUUACGAGCUAAAAAGGCAAUGAAACAAAUCGAUCGACUACAGAUCCAAUUAGCUGAAGAAAAAUCUCGUAAUCGUGAAUUGAGCGCUCAGUUAACUGAAGCCGCUGAUUACAAGAUUGCGGCGUUAGAGCGCAGUCGUAAAAUAGAAGAACUACAAAAGCGUCUAGUGGAGAGUGAAAUGUUGAGAACCCGUUACAGUAGAAAAUUAACGAUGCUGAAAGAUCAAAUGCGAACCAUAACAGAGAGUGCUGAUCAAGAAAGAUCUAUUAAUGAUCAUUCAUUACAAUUACUACGUGAUGAACUGGCUCAGGUUAAACAAAAUUUAUCGGAGGUCACACGAAGAGAAUCACAAUUACAAAGUUUCCGAGUUUCUGUUGUUAAAUUACUUUCGGAGCCUAUUUGUACGCCAGAUUAUGAAAUUGUUUCACGUUUACAAAAAAUAGUAUCAGCACAUCGUGAUUUCACAAUGUUAUCUCGUAGAUAUGAUGAGCCGGAGACUAGUCCGUCCCGGUGUACAAGUAUUCAUCCAGUUCAUUCAGUUCACCCACCACGUUCACCUGGAUCACGUUGUACGCGUUACGACGACAGUGGUUUUGCGGACCCACCAGAUCUUCAUGAAAUUGAUGAUGAGUACAAGAGACCUGUAAGAAGCAGUUUGUUACCAUGACCCCGGGCUAAAUUUCACUGUUAAUUAUAAAUCAUAAUAUUAUUGUACGCAUUUAU